AUGGAGUUAAAACGCUAUUUAAACUGUGUAAAAAAACGAUUGCAGUCGAGGUAUUGAGGACUGCAAAGUGCAAGCUGGAUAGUCUGGAUUGAAAUAAGCGUGUUAUAGAAAUCUUCUCUUUGUUUAGGUCGCCGCUUACUAGGGUUUCUUCGAGUAUUCUUAAUUCCUCAUCCAGGAGUGAUACAGGACCUAUGGAUCUGGAGGUGGUGGGUCGUCACGCUCUUUUCUUCGAUGACGAUGCCAUGGCGGCCUUUGUCAACUCCACGGAUGCGCUUGUCGAAUGGAACUCUCUCAUUAUCGACCGCUACGACGUCCGUCACCUUCUCUCUUCCCCACCUCUGCAAACCAGGCGGUCGCUUACUUCUCUAUCUCAUGCUAUCGACUCGUCUCUUAAAUCCGAGCUAGAUUUGGAACGCUAUCUCGAUCUUCCAAUAUCUGUUAAUCAUCAAGGUGAUUCAUUUGAUACGAUGCAUUUGUUUCCGUUGGCACGUACACAGUAUGUUCCUUCUAUCAACUGAGCUCAGUGGAGAGAAGCACUUUUUUUUAGAUUUUCUUCUUUAGUGCGUUAUGUGUUCAGACGCCUUUUUUUCAAUUAAUGGUUUGGUUUAUGAUUUGAAGUUACAAAGCGCAAUUCAUGAUUAUUCCUUAAGGGGUGUUUGGAACCGAUCCUGGGAUCAGAAUAGGAAUCAGUUUUUACACAAACACUCAUGCAUUUUUAAGAAUCAGAUUCAAACACCCCCUAAAUCACACUUCUUUGGGAAUUUUGAUUGGUUAAUAACUACGUAUAAAUUAGAAUAAGAAAUGGUAAUUAUAGGUAAGUGUGAUAGGAAAUAGUAGUUUGCUGUACAGAUUGAUCACAUGACACAAGGUCCAUAUAGAAAUGAUUUGGCCGUACACUUGUUAGAUUUAAAGGGAACUGAUAUUCUAUGUUCGGGCUUCUAUAAUCACAUGGCUCUUUUCUGUACAGAAAAAGAAGAAGAUGGUGUACAUUUAGACAAUAAUACAGGUAGAUACAAUGCCAUCCCAUUCUCUUAUGGAAAUGUCAAUGGUGAAGCUGAAGAAGUGAGCCAUGAUAUGGGGAUUCAUAGCUCUGGAUUUCGUCCUCCCUUCAAUGUGCCUGAACACCUUCUUCAAUGCUUGGUGAGUUUAUGUGCUUCAGUCUACUUUUAUGACUGUUGGCAUUGUCUGUUACUUGCUAACAAUGUUUCACCAUGUGGAAGAGACGAGUGCCUAAAUUCUAUACUAUUCCUCACCAUGUCUAAGAUUUCAGAAUUCAAAUGCUCGGAGCAGUGGAGUUAAUGUCAUCUAAGGUUGCCAUUCACAGGUGGGAUUAGGAAUGUAAUAAUGUUUCUUUGCAAGGACAGUAAUCUAUAUUGCUUGAGAGGAAAUGCUCUACUUAAUGAUCAUCAUAUUGUAAAAACUCUCCUAGUAGGCAAUUACUCCACACAUCUGAUUAAAUUUGGAUCAUGAGAUUAUUUUGUAAGAUUGUAGUUUCUAUUUGAUAGUCUAAUGUAUUUGAAGCCAACUUUUGACGGAAAACGUAUUGAUUUUUUAUUUUCCAGCCACCAUCUGAGAAGGUCCAUCAAAUAAUUGCAAGGACUGCUCUAUUUGUUAGUAGUCAUGGUGGGCAAUCUGAAAUUGUUUUGAGGGUGAAACAGGGAGAUAACCCAACAUUUGGCUUCUUAAUGCCAGAUCAUCACCUACAUCCAUAUUAUAGGUUUCUUGUUGAUCACCAAGAGCUUUUGCAUUCCAAUGGUGACAUGAAACCACAAACUGGAGAAAGAAAGGUUGUCAAUGAGCCAGACGGUGCAUUAUCCUUGCUUGGUUCUGUUUAUGGAUCAGGAGAGGACGAGGAUGUUUCUAACAAAACAACCUCCGAUGAAGCUGUUGAUGCAGUCCCUAAUGCACAGAAGGAACAAUUUAGUGCACUUUUGCCUAAGCAAGAUGAGUCAGUUUUGAAACAUCCUUUUCAUUCUGGUGGUUUAGAUAAUGAGAAAACUCAUAUUCUGAAAAAGAAUCCUCUGGUUGGUGGAUUUAACGGUGGAAGCACAAGUCAUAAAAAACCGAAAGAUGACCAUGUAUCUGUGUCUGUUCAUGCAGCACUAGAGAAGCUUAAGGCAUCUGGUCUUGGGAUAACACUUAAGACUGAACCUGUGGCUCUAGAGCCUCCAUCCGAUUUGAAAAAAUUGAUUGGCAAGAUUGUUGAAUUCAUACGGAAGAAUGGGAAGCAGUUUGAAGCAACACUUAUAGAACAGGAUAAUAAGCAUUGCAGGUUUCCGUUUCUUCUCCCAUCCAACAUGUAUCAUCCUUACUAUUUAAAAGUUCUCCAUGGUUCUCAAGAGGUGACCUCUCUCUCUCUAAUAUUGGUUUAAACAAGAUGUAAUAUUCACUUCACAUUUAGGUCUGCUUUGAGAUAACACAUCAGGCUUUGUUGUUAAAAUAUUCUGCAUUCUAAGUUGUGUGGAGGACUGAGAUUGUAGAACUUAAACUGAACACUCUCCUUCCUCAAAAUGAGCUUCAUUUCACAAACAUUUUUUUGACAAAAGUAUGGGAUUUCACUUUAAAAAACUUUCAAAAUGUAGUAAUUGCCAAAAAGAGUAACAUACAAGUUACAUAUGUCAAAUCUAGCCAAACUAACCAAUACGUUUUAGACAUCUUUGUGAUUGUUGCACCUUACCCAAACUAGAACGUUUACUUUGAUCAACUAAGUUUUUUAGAUGUAGUAGUGCUAUUGACAGGAAAUGGGGCUGUUUGGGAUGGUGUGGGGAACACAUUAUUUGGUUACAUGGUUGUCAUGGUAUCGUUUAGGCGUCCUGGCGGUCAAGAAUGCCUCACCAUUUCUGGUCUCCUUGCCUGAUAAUUGAAUGGUGUCAUUUAGGCAUUGGCUGAGGUGUGCAUGGCAAUUGGCAACACUGAGAAUCACGGUAGAUGGUACGCAAACUCGAGAGCCUAAGUAUGAUUGAAAAGGACCUAAAGAUUCUAAACUGCAGGACCCAAGUAUACCACAACUAGCGACACAUCAGAUUUUCCCCUACAUUUCCCUGAAUAUCUGAUGUUUCCCACAACAUCGAAAUGUUCUCCCAUCAUUUUUUUAUUUUCAGAUGAUUCUGUUUUUUUCCAACAGUUAAGGUAAACAAAUCACUAUUAUUAAAAAACUCUAGAAGCCUGCGAUUUUACACGGCGAUCCAUGCGAUCCACUCAGUUUGCGAUAUUUUGUAAAACUAGACCUCUGAAAGUAGUUAGGACUUAGGAGCAUAUAAUCACCAGCACGAAGUAGAUAUACACAUGAAGAAAUAAGCAAUUAAAUACCUGCUUCUUGGAUGUUGUUCUUGGUGUAUACUUGUUUUUAAAUUUCCUGAAGUUUCCCACAAGUUCCGAUGCUUCCGAUUUUUUCCUACAUUUACCUAAACAUCCAACUUUCCCACAACUUCCAAAUGCUCUCCCGACAUUUCUAAAUUUCAGACGGUUCAGUCUUUCCAACAUUUAAGGCAUACAAAUCACCAACAUUUAAGGUAUACAAAUCAUUACUCUUAAAUGACCCUACGAGCCUGUGAUUUUACACAAUGAUCCAGGCAAUCCUACUCACUUCUUUAUAUUUUGUAAAAACUAGACCGCUGAAAGUAGUAACAAGCACAUUAUCUCAUGAUACAAUGAUCUGGAUUGUAAUUUUGACCAUCAUGCUUCGAAUCGAGUUUUUUUCCAAAUUGAUUUUGACCCGGCAACAUAACUUGUUUUUUCCUAAUUUAAGUGGCAGCAUUAAAAUUUGAAAAAGCCCUGAACAGAAUAAAGUGAAAAGACAUCUAAAAAUAAAUGCCUGCAUCACAAUCCAAGUUUGUCUUUUCUUUCUCCCUUCACUUCUUUUUAUCUUCCCCUUUCUUCUUCUUUCUUCAUUUCAUAUCUUUAUUUAUGUGUAGUAAACUUUAUUCUUUAUGAUUUUUUCAUUUCUUUAGUAUGUGAAGGAUGCUAAUUUUGUUUGCAGAAGCUCAAUAAUUUAAUUAUUAUUACACUUUUGAUUUGAAUUAACAUCAUAAAGUAGCAAUCCAUAGAUUGUAUUUCUUAGUCUUUUAUUAAAAGUUAUAUCCAAGUAUUGUGUACAUCUACUUGUUGCUCAGGCGAUCGCUCAGUCGCCUAGGCUACAAGGCUGUCUACUGCGCCACACCUUGCUUCAGUUGAGCUUUAGUAGUCUAUCAAACCUAUGAGAACAUGAAACCUUUAUCUUGAAUGCAGCUUAAUAUUCUGUCUGGUUUUGAUUUUAUUAUUAUGUGAAGAUGAAACCUUUAUUUUGUAUGCCACAUCUUAUAUCCUUGUGCCGUAUUAAAGUAAAUUGAUCUCUCUCCCUGCAAUCUAAACAACGUGCCACCUCUUGUUACAGACAAAAUACAGUGGCAAUAGCUUACAAUCUGGGAGUGAUGGUUCACUUGGGAAACGACCAGAAGAAAGAGCGUCAUUGUCUUUAGUAUCUGGUGAUGGUGAUCUUCCUUAUGAAAAUGAUAAGAAGGAGAAAUUUAAGAUGGUGAUUGGGAAAUCAAAGAAGGAAUCGCAGGAACAGUUAGAUAAAGCACCACAGCAAGAGAAUGGAGGGUUCAGUGUAGAUGCCGCUUCGGCUGCCGCGAUACUUCAAGCGGCUGCCAGGGGCAUCAAGAAUCCCAAUAUAGCAAUAUUCUCAAAAACUGCUGAGAAUGCUGAGACUAGUGCAGAAGCCGAUUCUUGUGAUCCACAGUUAAGUAAGGAACAGCAGCUGAAAGCGGAGAGGUUGAAGAAGGCAAAGAUGUUUGUGGCUAUGCUGAAAAAUAGGUCUGUCCCUUCACUUAAAGGUGAGCCUUCACGUGCAGUGUCAUCAGAACCACAUUAUUCUGGUCAAUUAGAUGGUAAUCGUUCAGACCAAGGUGAAGGACUGAAAUUCAUAGAUGAGUACAGUGCAAAGCGAUCAAUGAGGAAGUACAGAUCAAAUGCUUCGAGACAUGAAGAGGAUGAAGAGGAUGAGGGAGAAACGGAACAUCAAUCUCUUGGUAGUGAUCACAAAUCUUUAAGGCAUAUGCCAGAUGAUGACAAAGGAGAAAGAAGUGAAGAUAGGAAGGAACAUAGACGUUCUAAGAGGAAGAAGCACCACCAGUCACAUCACUCAGAUGAAGAUAGUGAUGUUUCUGACAGAUAUGAAGAGGAAAGGCGAAGACGGAGACACUCUAGGAAGAACCACCGAUCCCAUAAUAAGCGCGAUGAUGAUGAUGACGAGAUAGAUGAAGAAAAACACCAUAGACACUCCAGAAAAAAGCACAAAUCUCAUAAUUCCUCGAAGAACACAAGCAGACAUGAACGGUCAAAAAGAGCUUCUCAUUGUGAUGAUGAACAUCAUAGAAACAAAUCUGAUAAACUAAGAAAAGGUGCUGCUGAUGGGGAAGAUUUGGAGGAAGGAGAGAUUAGCAAAGUGUCGGAUCAGUCCACUAGAGGACCGGUAUGCAGAGAAGCUUCUAAUGACGUUUCAAGUCCACCAAGAUCAACAUCUCAACCCUCUGAUGAACUUAGGGCCAAGAUACGUGCCAUGUUGAUGGAAGCUAGAAGGUAGAGCCGUAGAGCUUCGAGAUUGUAGAGCUCGAGAUUGUAGGCUUUUUGUACUGAAGAUGUGUGAAUAUCAUACUCAGUACUGUUGUACUCGAUUUGAUCCCCACUUGAUAAUCAUUGUUUUCCCUAGUUCAUGUUUAUAAAAGAGACAAUUUUGUAUCUUCACCUGAACAGUUGAACUCUCAAAUAUUAAUUAUUAGUACGCUCCCUAGCAUGAAGGAGGGUGGGGUGCAGGAGCUCUUUGAAGUAACUAGCAG